AUGACAAUGUCAGACAAGGCGAACACGUCUUGUGACACCAGCUGGACUAAGAAGAUUCGGUAUGCACCGAAGAAGAAGGCCGUGUCUCAAUUGGCAACUUUGCAACAAACUACGGAGGAAAAGUCUCACAAGCUUUUAACCAAGUUGAAUCACGACGACAACGAUAAAGAAAUCCUCAACCAUCUAACACAUGAAGUACAAAGUAGAAAUGUGAUCUUAUUGGACAAACUAGAGGAGCUCAACAAGGAACUGGGCUGGAUUAAAGACCGAAAAUGA